UGGUUUUGUGAGUUCCUACGGAAAGCUGAAAGGGACAAUUCUGUGUUGUUGGUGUGAAACAUCAGCUAGCUGCUUUAGCUAGAACAUGGCUGCACAUUUGAAAAAACGAGUUUAUGAGGAAUUUUCCAAAGUUGUUCAGAUUCCUCAUGAAGAAGCUCCAGCCAAGAAGCUGCGCCUGUCCAAGCCCAGUAAAUCUGCAGCGCUGCACAUCGACCUCUGCAAAGCCGCCAACGCCACCGACGCGCUGCAGUACCUGCUGGAGUUCGCACGCAAACCGGUGGAGGCGGAGAGCGUGGAGGGCGUGAUCCGGAUCCUGCUGGAGCAUUACUACAAGGAGACUGAUAACUCAGUGAGGCUGAAGAUCGCAUCUCUUCUGGGUUUGCUGUCCAAAACAAACGGCUUCAGUCCCGACUGCGUCGUGGACGACGUCAUUAACACGCUUGGAAAUGAGAAAUCCCACCAGGUUCUGGCUCAGCUGCUGGACUCCCUGCUGGUGAUCGGGGGCCAGCUGCCAGAGAGUCCGGCCGUCAGGCGGCGGCUCGUCCAGGUGGCCUGCAAGCUUCUCUCCGAUACGAACUUCAGGGUGAGGAACAAAUGUCUGCAGCUGCUGGGGUUCCUGGGAACCAUGGAAACGCCUCUGACCAAAGACGGCGAGGGACCGAGCUCAUCGCUAGGAGGAGUCCGGGACGUCCAGAGUAUCAUCAGCACCUACUUCUCAGACCAGGACCCCAGAGUGCGCACUGCAGCGCUCAAAGCCAUGCUGCAGCUUCAUGAGAGAGGAAUGAAGAUUCAUCAGAUCAUUUAUGAACAGGCCUGCAGGCUGCUGUCUGACGACUAUGAGCAGGUCCGCUCUGCCGCUGUUCAGAUGGUCUGGGUGCUCAGCCAGCUCUACCCAGAAAGCAUUGUGCCCAUCCCAUCGUCCAAUGAGGAGAUCCGGCUGGUUGACGACGCGUUUGGGAAGAUCAGUCACAUGGUGAGCGACGGUUCCUGGAUGGUUCGGGUGCAGGCCGCGAAAACCCUGGGGUCCAUGCUGCAGGUCAGCCCUCACUUUCUGGAGCAGACGCUGGAUAAGAAGCUCAUGUCGGAUCUCAGAAGGAAGCGCACGGCUCACGAACGAGCCAAAGAGCUCUUCGCAUCCGGGGAGUUCUCCUCUGGCAGGAAGUGGGCCGACGACGCCCCCAAAGAGAAACUGGACACCAACACCGUCAACCUCAUCGCCUCGGGGGCCUGCGGCGCGUUUGUCCACGGCCUCGAGGACGAGAUGUUUGAGGUUCGCAUCGCUGCAGUGGAGGCUCUCUGCCAGCUCGCCCGCUCGUCUCCCAGCUUUGCCGAAAAGUGCCUCGAUUUCCUCGUUGACAUGUUUAACGAUGAGAUCGAGGAAGUCAGGCUGCAGUCCAUCCACGUGCUGAGGGAAAUCUCGACCCACAUAACGCUCAGGGAGGACCAGCUGGACACCGUGCUGGCCGUCCUAGAGGACUCGUCUCGGGACAUCAGGGAAGCUCUGCACGAGUUGCUCUGUUUCACCAACGUCUCCACCAAGGAGUGCAUCCAGCUGGCGCUGCUGGAGCUGCUGAAGAACCUCAACAAAUAUCCCACCGACCGCAACUCCGUCUGGAAAUGUUUGAAGUUUCUUGGCUCUCGCCACCCAACACUUGUGUUGCCUCUGGUUCCUGAGCUGCUCAGCACUCACCCGUACUUCGACACACCGGAGCCUGACAUGGACGACCCAGCCUACAUCGCGGUUCUGGUUUUGGUGUUCAACGCCGCCAAGUCGUGUCCCACCAUGCCGGCGCUGUUCUCCGACCACACCUUCAGGCACUACGCCUACCUGAGGGACAGCCUGUCGCACCUCGUCCCCCCACUCAGGUUGCCGGGCAGGAAGCAGGUUUACAGUCUCGACUCCGUGGACUCAGGAUGCGGUUCUGGUUCGGUGGAGUCGGCCAAACUCUUCCUCCAGCAGAGCCUCAACAGGGUCAGCACCAUCCAGAACUUGGAAACACCUGGAGCGCAGGACCUGCUGAACUUCACAAUACGAGACCUGCAGCGGCUGGGUGAGCUGCAGACUGAGCUUGCUGGAGCUGCUGAUUUCUGUGCUACAUUCCUGCGCUGCCAGCUGCUGCUCAUGAAGGCCCUGCAGGAGAAGCUGUGGAACAUGGCCGUCCCUCUCUGCCUGAAACAAAAUGUCACUGCUACAGCUGCAGCUCAGCAGAUUUUAGAGGAAACCUACAAGCUGGAGUUUCUGUACAGCAGUUUGGAAAGCAGGCAGGUGGCGACCAUACAUCAUGUCCGCCUCCAGGCCAAAGCCCUGCAGCUGGUCCUGACGGCCCGAACCAGACCAGGGUUGGAUCUUCUCAUCGGCAGCUGUGAGAAGUUCCUGCAGGAGAUCGAGUCUUUUCAGAGGAUGUUCCUGACAGAGCUGCCCCACCUCCAGGACAGCUUUGUGGACAAACUUUUGGAGAUAAUGCCGCGGCUCUUGUCUUGUAAACCCGUGGAGCUGGUGAAGAUUCUCCAGACGACGCUGAGACAGAGCGGCCUGCUGCAGCUCAGACUACCUGAACAGAUCCAUCGCGCCACAGCCACCAUCAUCGAGCCAACAGGCGAGUCGGAUAACCCGCUGAGGUUCACGUCCGGCCUGGUGGUGGCGCUGGACAUCGACGCCACGCUGGAGCACGUCCUGGAUCCCCAGGAUAAGGUCAAAGUUCAGGUCCUGUAUCCAGACGGCCAGAGUCAUGUGAUCCAUCCCAAACCGGCGGACUUCAGAAAGCCGGGACCGACCAGACACCGACUCAUCACCCAGGUUUACCUCUCUCACACCGCCUGGACAGAGCCUUCACAAGUCGAGGUGCGCCUCCUGCUGGCCUACAGCUCCUCUUCUUCCUCUCCGUCUUCAUCCAACAAGUCUGGAUGGAGCGACAGCACCGACGGCCUCCCGCCAGCAGAGGCCGCCGUCGAAGGAACGAUCCCCUUCAGCAAGCCUGUCAAAGUCUUCAUCAUGCCCAAACCUGCACGAAGAUAACCGGACCCCAAAUCUACGAGACACUGCUUCAGAUCGACCGGAUUUUUAAAGCGCAGAUGGAAAUAUUUCUGUUUGUCUGGAAUUUUGUUUUUCACUCCACAAACAUUUGGAAAGCAGAUUGAUUUUAUUGGUUUUCAUGUAAUCAAACAGGCAGAAAUACACUUUCAUAUCAGCGUUUCACAGCAUUUCACUGCAAAAACUAAAUAUUUAAUAAGUAUUUUUGUCUAGUUUAUAGUGCAAAUACCUUAUUACACUUGAAACAAAUCAAAACUAAUUUACAAGUAAUUUUCAGCAAAUAUAGCAGCUCGUUUCAGGUCAAUAAUUCCUUAGUAGUGAUGGAAAAAUACUAGUUCCACUGUCAGAUUAUUUUUACUUAUAACAAAAGAAUUUUCAAAUGUUAUAAGUGAAAUAAUUUGCCAGUGUUCAUAGAACUAUUUGCACUAAAACGACACAAAAAUACUUGGCAAAAUAUUGUUUUACUCUAAAGAAAGCAGUUAAAUGCUUAAUAAAAUCUGCAAGCCUCCCUUUUCCAUUAGAACAAUUUCCAUUCAUAUGUAAAUAAAACAUAAGCGUCAUUUUGAAUGUUUUAGACACUGUUGGUGCUGCAGGCUGUUAGAAAUGAAUUUCUAUUAAAGUUAAUGGUUUGAUUUUGAA